CGCCGACGCCAUGCGGGAAGACGAGCCGCCCCCGCCGCCCGCGCCACCGCGCCCCGCGCCCUCCCGCCUCAAGCGAACACUACGUACACUCAGCUCGCCUUUCCGCUCCGGCUCACCCUUCCACAUCGCCUCGCUCAAGCGAACAGGUUCCGCUAAAUCUUCAGUGUCCGACGGCGAGAUCGCACGUGACGAACGCACCAUGCGUAAGAAAAACAAGAAACUGCGCGCCGACGCGCCCGCCUCCACGUCGCGCAGCAGUGACAGCUCGCCGGUCGUCAAGAAGAAGGACCCGAGCCUGCUCAAGCGGAUGGGCAGCAUCGGCAAGCAUCGCUCCGACAGCACCGACCAGUCUAGAUCCGAGCCGGAGCCCGAAAACGCGCCCCGGCCGCAACAAAAUGAAGACGCGCAAACGACAGCUGACUCUACGGUAAACAAUAAGCCACAGAGAUCGUCCGGGACCGAUAUAGAAAUUAAGUCGCCGGAAGAAAGUGUUUCCCCGGAACAAGUUUUCAGCCCGAUAGCCGCCGAGCAUCCGGUCGCGAUGCGCGCGUUCACGAAAGCCGGCUGGAAAAAGAGGAGCUUAACUGAAAUUCAAAAGCCGAUCGAGGAGCCGAGCCCCGAAGGCACUAUGAAACGGCGGAUCGCGUUCGUAUCGCAGUUUUCGAUGUAUCAAUCUGAAGAGGACCGCGACGACGAGGAGGAAGAGGAGGGGAGAAAAGGCGAAGUGGGGUCGCUGGAGGAAGCGGUGGCGCUGGCCCGCGAGCGGCUGGCCGGCGGGCGCGAGGCGACGACGCCGCAUUCGCGCGACAACGUCGACACCGAAGAGGAGGGGUACGCGGACGCGAGCAUGCCGGCGUACGGAGACCUCAUCGAGCCCGAGAAGGCCGGGAGCGGCGACGGACCGUCUCACGCCACAUCCAGCGCUGAGAGGCGGGAACACCUGUACAAGAUCCUGGUUAUCGGCGAACUGGGAACGGGGAAGACGUCCAUCAUCAAGCGAUAUGUGCACCAGUUCUUUAGUCAGCACUACAGAGCGACCAUUGGUGUCGAUUUCGCCUUGAAAGUGCUGAAUUGGGACGCGAAUACUAUUAUACGCUUGCAGCUAUGGGAUAUUGCAGGCCAAGAGCGUUUCGGCAACAUGACGCGGGUGUACUACAAGGAAGCGGUUGGCGCGUUCAUAGUUUUCGACGUGUCGCGAGUGGCCACAUUUGAUGCGGUUGUCAAGUGGAAGAAUGAUCUUGAUACCAAGGUGCAAUUGCCUGAUGGGUCGCCGAUACCGUGCAUACUGUUGGCUAAUAAGUGCGACCAGCAAAAGGAGGGUAUUGUGAAUUCGCCAGCGAAGAUGGACGAGUAUUGCCGGGAGAAGGGAUUCGCUGGUUGGUUCGAAACGUCGGCGAAGGAAAACAUCAACAUUGAAGAGGCGGCCCGCUCAUUAGUUAAUAAGAUACUCCUCAACGACAAACUGCUGCAGAACAACGACAAAGAUGGCGAACGAUUCGCGCUCGACCACAAGAUUGCAAAUGGCGAAAACACGCGGGACAGCGGCCCCAGCAAGUCGUGUGCCUGCUGACCGCUUUGAACAACUGCACUGAACCACAGUAUAGCCACAGUAAACAGAUUCGAACCGUAGGGAACUAGCUACAAAAGUUCCAAAACAGCUCACUCGCACACAUACGUAUCGUUGAGACUCUUAUUUAGUAAGUAGAAGUAGAUGCACGUUUGGAAAUCUCGAUGCGUAUGUUCGUGUGAGUGACCUGUUUCGAGCGUUUUGUAGGGAGUUUCGCUACUGUUUGUAUUUGUUUACUGUGGUAUAAUUCUAUAAUACUGUGACUGAACGAACCUCGCUUUAAUAUGAACAAUUUUUUAUUCAGCCUCUAGUACAAUGACGAUUUUGCUACCUGUUUUCGAUCUUUAGCAAAACGUCAUUGCACUAGCGCGAUAGAAUUUAUACAUUAUUUUAAUAACUUCGCAGAACUAUAUAAACAUUUUUAUUACUAAGUUUUGUUUGGACAAUGUUAAGGAAUUGUCUAAGAUUGACGCUGAUCACCCCACCUGUAUUUGUAAAUGUGAAAUGUCAUUGCUUUUACUCUUGCACAUUUUAAUACCACUUGUGAACAAAUUUUGACGCGUUUAAUAUUUAUACUAUGUAUUUCGUUUGUAUAUAAUGACGACUUGUACAAUAACUGUGGCCUUAGGUUUGUACUGUUGAUAGAUACACAUACUCUGGGGAUGUUUAGUGUAAUGUUUUCGCAAAUCUGAUUAUGUUUAAUAAUUAUAUAUAAACUAUGUUUGAGCGAAGAUAUUGUUUGAGUAAACUAUAAAUUAUUUAUCCGAAUUAAUGUUUAGAUGUUUAUAAAAUGUUUCAAGUGCCUCUAUACAUCGAAUUUAAAUUAAAAUACGAUUUUUAAUAUACUAUACGGUUUUAUCCAAUAUUUUGGACAAUUGUAUGCAUCUCGAACUGCGGAAUGUAUUCGCGAAGCGAAGACGACAUCUUUUUUAUUUUCUUGGACUAUUUUCAAAAACUCGUGCCAUGUUCGGCUAAAGUCAUAAUUAGUUAUGUUAUUAAUACAAUAGAGUAUAGAUUGAGUUAAUAUUGUAAUAAGUAUUACGUUUAUUGUACGUGAGCGUGUGGAUUUAUUACAGAAUAAAUUGUUUUAGAAAAAUGAA